AUGUUCCACUGGUUGUAGACGCGCAUCUCACUCAGCAUUCCAACAAUGAGAAGGCCUUCUCUAACCCAUCCGAGAGCUGUUGGUAAGGGAGGUAAGCCGUCAGCAGAACGUAGUUCCAGAACUCGAGAACACACCCACUGAACAAGGCGACUAUGUGUGUCGGAGAAUGCGAGAAGAGAAGAUGUUUUUUGUAGGGAUGGCCGUCUAAGAGUACUGUCACUUUCCUUCAUUAGCGUCACGUUCCUUUGAGCCGGGUCGAGUGAAAUCUGAGUAAACAUGUAGAUACUUGUUCCAAUACUAGCAGUGAGAAUGUGGGAGCCGUCUUCAGUAGAGACCCAAUCAAGAUGGACAUAAUGUCGAAUAUUUGCUUGAAAUUCUGAGCGCGAAGCAGAAGACCGAGUUCCUGAUAUCUGAGGCAAUGACCAGUUUUCAUCGACUCUCAGAGACGUUGAAGUAUUUGGAGGCUGAACAUACUUAAAAGCUAAGGUAGCCUCACGCAACCAUUCGACACCACCAGAAGACUCACAUUCGAAAACUCCUAAUUCCACACAAGAAACAUUUUGGUUCCCGCGGUACACUCUCUUAGCAUCAUAUGCGCAGGCGAUUCGUCCACAGUGAGCCGCAGAGAUAGAGAGCAAUGUUCCUGUAAAUAGCAGAUCAGCUACCACCAAUUGCUCCACACGAAACCUACCUUCCAUUUUCAGGUCACUCGAACCGCUAACGCUAAUCAUAUUCCAUUCCACCCAUUCAUAUUUAUACUCAGAGCCCUGUUUCAAUUCAGUACAUCUCCAAAAACGUACUUUGUCAUCGUCGCAAGCCGUGAGCACCAAAUAAGGAGUUUGGCAAGCAGGAUACAAAAAUGAUGAUGACAAGUGUCCAGCGACAGGGGCUGCCGAUAUAAGAUGAACACCUUCUGGAAGGGGAACACGUUGUCUGCAGACUUUUUCACUUGUAAACGACAAUUUCUUCAUUACCGGAAGAGAAUGGCUCUCGGAGGGUAAUCGGUCUUGUUUUCGAUCAUGA